AUGGUUUUUGCGGCUCGGAAAAGCCAAAAUUUAUCACUGGAGAACACACACACACACAGGGUUUCGAUGUAUGUGAACACUGCUUACUACAACUCCGGCCCAGCAGUGGUGCAACUGUCGCGUAGUGGGAAUGCCGUCGUUGAUAAAUGCAUUAUUACAUUUGCCACGUUGGAGUUGGAAGUGGAAAUUUUAAUGGAUGAAGCUCGGAGCAUUUUUUACAAUGCUUUGAUUACUUAUGGAGAAGAUGGUGCGUUUUCUCGCGAAGUGCUCUUGGUAUCCAAAUUUUUGAGUGGAUGCAUAACACAAAAUAUCACAUUUCUUGAGGGGAAGAAGUUAGCUGUGACUCAACAAGUCAUGUAA